AUGCCCAUUCUCACUCCCACCGACCUUGGCUUCAUCGAGCGAGUGGCUCGGUCCGAUCCUCGAGUAAUCCAAGCCUGCCAGGAUAUCGGUAUUUAUGAUAUGUCACAAGUAUAUUUCGACGCUUGGGCCAUCGGGAUCGAUGAGCGCUGGGGCCGCGACCGUAGGCUCCAGCAAGGCUUGCCUUACUACCGACGUAAGCCGGAAGAUAAUCAGUACGCUCAUCCACUUGAUUUUAUCGUCAUUGCGGACACAGAAACUGAAGAGAUCUUGAGUGUGGAUGUUCGUACAGUGGAUGGAGAACGGACACGUCCGCCAUUGAAACAGCAAAAUUAUCUACCCACUUCUCUCCAGCAUGGAUAUCCUUACGAUACUCUGAAGCCUAUCCAUAUUACACAGCCGGACGGCGUCUCCUUUCAAUUGCAUGGCAAUAUGCUCCAUUGGGCCGGCUAUAAGAUGCAUAUCAGCUUUAAUUACUGGGAGGGUAUUGUACUCUCAGAUAUCAGCAUAUAUAAUCCGGUGGAAAAGAGGCAGCGGCCGCUCUUCUACCGGAUCAGUGUUGCGGAAAUGGUGGUUCCUUAUGGAUGUCCUGAACCACCCCACCACCAGAAGCAAGCAUUCGACGUUGGAGAAUACGGCAUGGGGCUGAUGACUAACUCAUUGAGACUGGGAUGCGAUUGCAAAGGCGUCAUUCAAUACCUCGACGGGGUCAUAUCUGACCAGCAGGGCACUCCGGUCGUUAUAAAAAAUGCUAUCUGCAUUCACGAGGAGGAUAAUGGGCUGCUUGUCAAACACACUGACUUCCGUGAUGCUCGCUCAAUCUCGGCACGAGACCGGAGACUGAUCAUUUCUCAGAUCGUCACAGCCGCAAACUAUGACUACAGGUUUUAUCAUACAUUCACACUGGACGGUACCUACAAACUCGAGGUCAGGUUGACCAGGAUUCUGAAUACUUACUGCUUGCACCCCUCGGAGACGGCAAACCCAUAUGGGACGGAGGUGGCUCAUGGAGUCACCGCUCACAACCAUCAGCAUAUCUUCUCCUUGAGAAUCGACCCGGAAAUUGAUGGGUUGGAAAAUGAAGUUCAAGAGUGCGAUGCUGUCCCCCUCCAAUACACGGAUGACAGCAAGGCUAACCCUUACGGCAACGGAUUCUUUUGCCGGCAACGGGCAGUGGAAGGUGCCAGUCUCGCAUCGUUAGGCCGCUCAUGGGACAUUGUCAACCCAACAAAGGUCAACCCAGUAUGCAAGAAGCCAGUUGGUUACAAGAUCUUGAAUUCUCAGUAUCCUGGUCUCCUGGCGCAGGAAGGGAGCAUUAUACGCCAGCGCGCAGCCUUUGCCACAAAGCCUCUGUGGGUGGUGCUGUUUAAGGAUUUCCAGCUUUAUCCAGCUGGAGAAGCACACCAAUCUGGCAAUGAAACAUUGGAGGGCUGGGUGUCAGACGCAAAGCACGCAGACAUCGUGUGCUACGUGCAGUUUGGCCUUACGCAUAUCCCUCGAACUGAGGAUUUUCCAAUUAUGCCUGCCGAGCCAGUUAGCGUAACACUGCGCGCGGCCAACUUCUUCCAGAGCAGCCCGGCUCUGCCAUUUCUUACACUGCCUCAAAACCGCGACACCAACUCACAACUGGCAGGUCUGGGUCAAAGUGCCUGUGUUAGUCACACUGUGGCAGUACGCGAAGGCAGUCACGUCAAUCCAAGGCUUCAGAGAAAGCUCUCUUUGUGA